AACUGUGGUUAUGGCACUAAAGAUGACGAUUACACCUGCAUCUCCUGUCCGGCCGGGAAGUUCUCCAAAGGCAAAUACGAGAUCUGCCGUCGCCACAAAGACUGCGACUCGUUGUACCGCGCCACUGUCCUGACGCCGGGGACUCUGGAGAGCGACGCCGAGUGCGGACCGUGUUUACCGGGGUACUACAUUCUGGAGAACCGUCCGCGUAACAUCUAUGGCAUGGUGUGUCACUCUGCUCAUCUCUCUCUGCCUCUCUUUGCUGAUUUUUAUUCAGUGCUGCAUAAACACAGUUACGUUAAACGCUUCGGAGAUCCAACAGGACAAGGUCACCUAGCAACGGCCCUCAUCAUCGCCAUGUCAACCAUCUUCAUCAUGGCCAUCGCUAUAGUGAUGAUUAUUAUGUUCUACAUCCUGAAGACCAAACCAAGUGGACAAGCAUGCUGCUCUGGACAAAUAAUAAAGACAGUGGAAGCCCAAACAAACAAGCAGGAGGAGAAGAAGGAGGUUCAAGAAAACGUGGUGAUCUUUGCAGAAAAGGAUGAAUUUGAUAAGCUCAAGCCUUCAUCUCCAAAAACAGCAAAGAGUGAGAACGAUGCGUCAUCAGAGAACGAGCAGCUUUUGAGUCGCAGCAUCGAUAGUGACGAGGAAGCAGCUCAGGAUAAACAGGGAGCCGCUGACCUUUGCCUUCUGUCUCUGGUGCAUCUGACGCGGGACAAGACCUGCUCCACCAACCCCAUCAGCAACAACAACAACACCACCAGCAGCAGAGCCACCGGGAUUCACAGCAGAAGGAAAAAGAUCCUGGAUUUGUACACAAAAGCCUGCAGUGUUGCGGAGGGUCUGAGUCCAACCGAGCUGCCAUUCGACUGUCUGGAGCGCAGCAGCCGCAUGCUCAGCACCACCUACAGCACGGACAAGGCAGUGGUGAAGACGUGGAGGCACCUCGCCGAGAGCUUCGGCCUGAAGCGCGACGAGAUCGGAGGCAUGACGGACGGCAUGCAGCUCUUCGACCGCAUCAGUACGGCGGGAUACAGCAUCCCGGACCUGCUGACCCGUCUGGUCCAGAUCGAACGGCUGGAUGCCGUCGAGACCCUCUGCUUCGACAUUCUGGGCCCCGAGAACAGCGUCCCUCCAUCCAGCCACCAUCCCAAUCUCACCUCCCGCUGCGCCAGCGUCUGAGAGAACCCAUCCAGACCAGGGCUGCGGCCUCAUUUAUAAAGUGUUGCGCAGAAACCAUCCUAACCCAGGUUU